CGCGCCCUGCAUUGGUGGCAAACCCUUCCCCAAUCACCACAGUCGCCAGAGCCGCUGCACCUCUCCUUCCUCCUCGCCCGCAGCCCUACCACAGCACGCAUUCCUCCCGUCAUCGAUCCCCACCACCUUUUCGCGUUCCUCCUCCAGGACCACCUCCUGUCGCUUAGGCUUCAUCGCGGCGGCCGUUUCGAGGCGAGCCUGGCGCAGGCGGGCAGAAGCAACGGGGAGCGGCGGAUGCGGGUGUGAGAGUGCCGAACGGCACCGUCAUUGUUCAUCGUCGCCCCGCUAGGCCGCACCAUAGAAGGACCAGGACCUCACCCCUCAUCCCUUCUGGAUGCACCUCCCCACAUGAGUUCCAGAUGUUGGGCCGCCGACUGCAGUAGCCAGGAUUGACAUUGGUGAUGUCUGUACGUAUUUUCGUGCUCGCCAGUUACACAAUUCUUAGGUUAUGGGAUUGGAUCUCCAUUUUCCAAGAUUCUUAGCUGAUAAGUAUAUUGUGCGGAAAAAUCUCUACAUACUGAUGUUGUGCACAUCCAAAUCCAAGCAAUGUAAAGUGACCGAGCAUUUCACGUGUGGUAUGCUACAUCUCAUACAGUUUCUGAACUCUAAUACCAUUCAUGUGCAGUUGGAUAGUCCAUAGAGCAAAGUUGAUGCUUUGUAUCUCACUUAUGGACCUAUUUAUUAAUGUUGCAGUGAUCUGGGUUUCCAUCUACUUAGAUGCAUUCCUUAUCUUUAUGUGUUCCAUCUAUACAUAUAUGUUUCUGCCCAUAAAUGUAUUUAUGAGCUGGCUCCAUUUUUUACUGCUUUUAUGUACCCUUUAAUCCCCUAAAAAGGGCUAUACAUGCAUUUUGAAGAGUUCACAUUUUCUAUAAACAUAAGCAUUGUCUUACCCCACUGCUCUCUUGCGUGCGGCGACAAAGAUUUCAUCCUUAACCUCCUUCACAACCCCAGGUUCGACUACUUUCCAGUUUUGUUAGUUUUCUUCUUGGCCGCACUGAACAACAUGGCAACAUGGGCGUCAUGGACACACGCAUGCAUCUUGUUGUCCUCCUUAAAAUUCAAUUAGAUUAUACACAGACAUGCAGCCAUGUUUACUUAAGAUCCAAUUAGACAAAUGUUGUUUAUGUUCCAUAUAGUUUCUAAUUAGAAAGGCCACAUAUGUAGGUUGACGUCAUGGCGUGAAGAUAUGGUUUUGUGAUCUAUGGUGUCGAGUCAUCUGUUGAAUGGGUGAUAAUGGAAAUUCUCUUGAGGACAACCCGUGCAUAAGUUUUGUGAGAGUUAAACCUGUCUUAUGAGAGAUUAUCAAGGUCGGAGCAGAGCAGCAAGGGAUGAGAAAAGGAGGAAGGGGUCUAGAGACAGCGAUGGGCAAAACAAUCAUGUGGAGGUAGCAAGAGGCAGUUCUCGACAAAUCACUAUAAGUGCAAGGAUCCAAUGGAAGAAUUUGGUGAAGAACAAGGUCUCCAUCAUUUGGCGUCAAGGUCCCCAAGCCCCUGUAUCCGCCCUUGAAGCUGGGUUUAGCGAGCUAAGGUUGCAGUGGAGAAUGAACGUGCAAAUUUGCAGCAGCAAAGGUCUUUCUACGUUUGAUGGGCACCUAAAUUGGUUCGAUUUCACGGAUGAUGGAGCCUUGCUGUGUGACGUAUUUCCUGGUGAAGAAAUAUUUGUGUGUACUGGAGUUAAUGCAUCUCCAAGGAAUAACCAAACCUUUAUUCCUAUUUUAUCAUAUAUGCUACACUUAAAUGCAAAGUGUUAGAUAUGUUAACAACUGUUUCAAUCCCAUGUUUUAAAAUGUGAUUGAUUACAAA